CUGGUCAAGGUGCUGGUCAUGUUCGUUAUCGCGACUCGAAGUUAACUCGCUUACUACAAGAUUCCUUGGGCGGAAACUCUGUAACAUUGAUGAUCGCCUGUGUCAGUCCAGCUGAUUAUAAUGUUGCGGAAACAUUAAGCACGUUACGAUAUGCAGAUCGUGCUCGCCAGAUUAAGAAUAAACCAAUCAUAAAUCAAGAUCCACACGCCAUGGAGGUUAGUAUACUCAAGGGCAUAAUACAAAAGUUGCGGAUGGAGCUGUUAGCUGUGGGUGGCAAUAUGUCCGCUUCACUAAAAGUCGAUGUACAAGGCGCUGUGCCAGUAAUUGAUUCCAACCCUGCUGACUACAAUAAUUUUCAUGAAAUACACAGCAAAAAAUAUCUUGAACUUCAGGAGAAAAAUCGUUACUUGCAACAAAAAUUACAGGCGACUUUACAUGAUGUUGCAGAUAAUGAGAUGCGUGCGCAUAUUGCUGAAGUGGCACAUGAGAAAUUAAAAGACACAACGGUGCAACUAAGGAAAAUUAUAAUGAAUUUAGAAGAGGAAUUCAAAAUUGAUUCCUCACCAGAAAAAAUACCAACAUUAAUAGAAUCUGUAGCUGAAAUGAAAAAAUUAAUUGAUAAUCUCGAUGAGGAACUUGAUCAUACAAAACUAGAAUUAGAGAGAAACAAGAGUCCACUGGGUAAUAGAUCUGUGGACGAUGAAAAUAUGUCAGAAAGUACAGAUAUAUUGAUGCAAGAAGAAGAAGACGCCUUUACUAAUAAGCAAAUAAAUUUAAAAGAGCAAUUGCGACAAAUUGAAAGAGCACUUAACAUCAAGGAGGAACUUCACCAACGUGUUGCGGGCAGUCUGAACAAGUUCUCAGUUGUUGAGGAAAAUCCUGAGAAACUGAUUGAAUAUGAGUGUAAAAUAAAUGAACUAGAAAUUGAAAAGCAGGACUUGUUAGAUAAGUUACAGACCACCAAAAAAGAUGCGUCUGCUAAACUAGCGGAGGAACGUCGCAAGCGUUUACAAGUAUUGGAGGCAGAAUUAACUAAAGUCCGUUCGCAGCUUAAACAACAAACCAAAAUGUUGAAACUUCGGGAGAAAGAUACACUUAUGAUUAAAAAUCUAAAUAAUGACAUUAGGCUUAUGAAAGAGUCGAGGGUGAAGUUGAUACGCACUAUGCGGCAAGAGUCAGACCAAUUCCGCCAAUGGAAGUUUACGCGCGAGAAAGAGCUUAUACAGCUGAAAAACAAAGAUCUUAAAAAAAAUAUGGAGAUGAAGCGUAAAGAAGAGCUUCAUUUGAAACAACGUAACGUAUUAAAACGCAAGUUUGAGGAGGCCAUGGCGAAUAACAAAAGGUUGAAGGAAGUGUUAGAAAAGCAACAACAUGCUCAAUCGAUGCGACAAAGUGGAAAGAACACAACCUCUGCACCCAUGAAUGAUAAUGUAUUAGCAUUUGUAGAGCGUGAAUUAGAAAUAUUCGUAU